GGAGCCAUGGCCGGUGUCUGUCACCGUGUCACCUACAUGUCCACGAGACCCACCGAGGGCGGGGAGCGUGUGCGUGGGGGAGGAGGUGUUUGUGUGCAGGAGCAGCUUUGUAGUUACACUGACACUUCCCCCCCCCCGCCCCAGUCGCACUUGGCUUUUGCCGGUAGAAAAAAAAAAUGCUUGGAAAGCAUAAAAACUGCUCAUCGGUGAAAUUAAGCAGAAGUUGCGUUUCGGAGCGGGAGAGCCGGCUGCCUGCUGUUUCCCGUGGAGAUCAUGAAACGACGUCGGCUUCCUAGCAGCAGUGAGGAUUCUGACGACAAUGGCAGUCUGUCCACCUGGUCCCAGCAUUCCAGAUCUCGACAUCGGAGGACUUCGUGUUCCAGACAUGAAGAUCGAAAACCUUCUGAGGUGUUCAGAACGGACCUGAUCACUGCCAUGAAGUUACAUGACUCCUUCCAGCUGAACCCUGAUGAAUACUAUGUGCUGGCAGACCCCUGGAGGCAGGAGUGGGAAAAGGGAGUUCAGGUGCCAGUUAGCCCAGGGACCAUCCCAGAACCAGUAGCCAGGGUUGUGUCUGAGACGAAAGCUGUCACCUUUACACGUCCCAGGAAGUACAUUGUUUCAUCAGGUUCGGAGCCUCCAGAGCUGGGCUACGUUGACAUUCGAACCUUAGCAGACAGUGUGUGUCGCUACGAUCUCAAUGAUGUGGAUGUAGCGUGGUUGCAACUUGCCAAUGAAGAAUUCAAAGAAAUGGGGAUGCCUGAGCUGGAUGAGUACACGAUGGAAAGGGUCAUAGAGGAGUUUGAACAACGAUGCUAUGAUAACAUGAACCAUGCCAUCGAGACGGAAGAAGGACUUGGAAUUGAAUACGAUGAAGAUGUUGUCUGUGACGUCUGUCAGUCUCCAGAUGGCGAAGAUGGCAACGAAAUGGUGUUUUGUGACAAAUGCAAUAUUUGUGUGCACCAGGCAUGUUACGGGAUCCUGAAGGUGCCGGAAGGCAGCUGGCUGUGCAGGACCUGCGCGCUUGGUGUUCAGCCCAAGUGUUUGCUGUGUCCCAAGAAGGGUGGUGCCAUGAAGCCGACCCGGAGCGGCACCAAGUGGGUCCAUGUUAGCUGUGCUCUGUGGAUUCCAGAGGUGAGCAUUGGAAGCCCAGAAAAGAUGGAGCCCAUUACAAAGGUUUCUCACAUUCCCAGCAGUAGAUGGGCACUAGUGUGCAGCCUCUGUAAUGAAAAAGUUGGAGCAUCUAUACAGUGCUCAGUGAAGAACUGCAGAACAGCCUUUCAUGUCACCUGUGCGUUUGACCGUGGCUUGGAGAUGAAGACCAUACUGGCAGAGAACGAUGAGGUCAAAUUUAAGUCAUACUGUCCCAAGCACAGCUCCACCAAGAAAGCGGAUGAUGAGACUUUCAAUGAAAGCCCAGGUCAGGAGAACGGGAACGGGAUUCAGGACAGCUCUCCUCCUGCCCACCUCGACCCUUUCCACAGCAUGGAUCAAAACCAGGAGGAGGCCCACAGAGUGAGCCUCCGCAAGCAAAAGCUCCAGCAGCUGGAGGAUGAGUUCUAUACCUUUGUUGAGUCUUCAGAAGUGGCUAAAGUGCUGCGGCUGCCCGAGGAGCCGGUGGGAUUCCUUUACCAGUACUGGAAGCUGAAGAGAAAAGCCAACUUCAAUAAGCCUUUGAUUACCCCAAAGAAGGAUGAAGAGGACAAUCUGGCUAAACGGGAACAGGAUGUUCUGUUCAGAAGAUUGCAGCUCUUCACACACCUCCGGCAGGAUCUAGAGCGGGUGCGUAAUCUCACUUACAUGGUGACCCGAAGGGAAAAAAUCAAGAGAUCUGUUUGCAAAGUUCAAGAGCAGAUAUUUAAUAUCUACGCAAAGCAGUUGGAACAAGAAAGAGUUUCAGGUGUGCCUUCCUCAUUCUCCUCAAUGGAAAACACAGUGUUGUUCAAUAGUCCAUCUCUGGGCCCCAACGCCCCCAAGAUCGAGGAUUUGAAAUGGCAUUCUGCGUUCUUCAGGAAGCAAAUGGGCACAUCUCUAACCCACUCUUUGAAAAAACCACACAAGAGAGACGGAGUGAGAAACAGCUCUGGGAACGACAGCAAAUCCACGCUGAGGCAGCCUGGCCAAAGGGAGGGCAGCGCAGCUCCAGGUAGCUUUUUGAAUUUCGACAAGACCUUCGCAGAAACACGGAUUGUAUCAGCACAGCAGAAGAAUGGCAUAGUUAUACCAGACCACAGAAAAAGAAGAGACAAUCGUCCGCAGUGUGAGGUGGUGAAGGCAGAGCUAAAGGAAAAGACUUCUAAACACAACCACAAACCACUGAGACCCACAGAACUCUCUCAGAGGCAAUCGGAAAAUAAAAGGGCUGUGAACCACUCCAGUGGUAGGUCAGCACCUGGCACGCGGAGGGAUAUAGUGCCUAAAUGCAACGGGGGUCUUGUCAAAGUAAACUCUAAUCAGACAGUAGUUAAAGUGCCUACGACGCCCACAAGCCCAGUGAAAAACUGGGGCGGAUUCCGAAUUCCAAAGAAGGGGGAGAGGCAACAGCAGGGCGAGAGCCCAGAGGAGGCCUGCCGCCAGAACUCCAGCUACCCUUACCUGGGCGUGGGCAGAGUUUCACCGAAGGACAGGGCGAAAAGCAAGCUAAAGCCUGACAGCGAGAAUGACGGGUACAUCCCCGACGCUGAAAUGAGCGACUCGGAGACUGAAGUGGCUGAAAAAAAGUGCAGGCAGCAGAGGCUGAGUCCAAACAGCGCUAUCAGCAGAAGGACGGACAUUAUCAGGAGAAGCAUCCUGGCAUCCUGACUGGACACAGGCAUGUGGUGCCAGCACCGUGGUCAGUAGUCACUGCCUACAAGCCAACUCCACAUUAUUUAUUGGUGUGAGAGAGGAGAGUUCUUAGACAUGGCUACGGACUGACAAAUUGAUAACCCAUUAUUCCUGAGCUGUAUAAACAUGUUUACAUGCACUUAAAAGCUGGUUUUUUUUUUU